CUUGUCUGACUCAUUCGCGCAUUGCAGUUUCUGCAGUUCUGCAAUCUGUCAUCCUUCCAUCAAACUCUCCCUCCGAGAAGGCCAGGUCUGCAUGGGCACUGGCCGCAGAGAAGUCUAAGCGGAGAAGCUUGAGGAGGCUAUGACGGCGUGGUUGCCUCCGGCGUUGAUCAGGACGGAAAUAUUGUUGAAAGAACUUCUGGUUUUGUCUUCUCCAACCUGAAGCGGGAAGGACGACCAAUUGAGGAGGAUAGGGCUGUGAUUGGCGAGAAUGCUUCCGAGGGCUUUUUCAAUCCACUCGUUCCUGGCCUCCCCUGUCCCUCCCCUCAUUCACAGCCAUGCGGACGUCUGACCUUGACGCCGCAAGGUUCGGCCCUGCUCCCCACCGCCAGAUGUUCAAAAAGCCAAAGUACUCGCACGGGAAGAUGUAUCCAGGGGGACCCAACCCAAAUCUAACGCAGGAAGGGGAGAACGAGGAUGCAACGGACGGACGCAGGAAGUCAUCGAGCAAUUCCGAUACAAGCACGAGUUCUAGUGUGUCGUCGGAGGUGGAGAUGAGUGCAGGGGAAGCAGACAGUGGGACGAAAAGCUCGUUGACAGACCCCUUGAAUUUGUCUUUGGCCAUUCCAAGUGUCCCAGGUGCUAGUAAAGAGGAAGGUGCGGACUAUCAGGUAUCCAGGGGGGAGUCUCCUACGAGUAGAGAGACUGCACAGAGCAUGCGGGCAGACAAAGGCAUGCGGGGAAGCAAGGAGGCGGAAGGGGAGGAGGGGCCGGCGGAGCGUGAGUGCAGCGCAACAGUGACAACAGACCAGGCUUUCAAGGCGGGGGUAGUGGAGUCUUCUCAGUUCAGUAAUGAGUCCGACAGCGCGACCACGCUGACCACGCAGAAUGUAUCUGUCAUAGAGGAGGGCACGAGCGAGAGGGUGCUGGAUAGAAGGGUUGACCGGGCCAGGAUAGCUCAGAGCAGUGUUGAGUCUGACAGCUUCGCCAGCACCAGUGGCCGAGAGCAUACCAUGGCGGAUUUGGAUUGCCCUCCGCAUGGGUUAGUUUCAGUCUGCGGCAGAAGGCGAGAGAUGGAAGAUGCAGUUGCGGCGUUUCCUUCCUUGGUGCACUUCCCACCCAUCCCUGCACUCCGAGCAGUGACAGAGGAAGCUCCUCUGCACUUUUUUGGUGUGUACGAUGGCCACGGGGGAUCGCAGGUUGCCACGUACUGUGCAGACAAGCUGCACAAUUCGUUAGCGAAAGAGAUCAGGAGAUGCUCCUCCAAGCCCAUAGAUGGCAGUGCGAGCGAGAAGCCGAUGCUGGAGGCCCUGUCGGCCACAUUCAACCGCUUGGAUGCGGAAGUGUCAGGGCUGGCCAGGACGAACUCAGAGGGGAUGGCCAUCGAUGGCUCAGAGCCAAUCGCGGCAGAGACAGUGGGGACCACUGCAGUGGCGGCUUUGAUUGGGGGGGGGAGGAUUGUGGUUGCAAACUGCGGCGAUUCCAGGGCGGUCUUGUCUCGAGGAGGGGAAGCAGUGCCCCUGUCCACAGAUCACAAGCCCGACCGAGAGGAUGAGAUGGCGCGCGUGGAAGCAGCGGGGGGUCGCGUCAUCUUUUGGAAUGGCUAUCGCGUCCUGGGGGUGCUUGCCAUGUCACGAGCAAUAGGCGAUCGUUACUUGAAACCAUAUGUCAUCUCAGAGCCCGAGAUCAUGUGCACAGACCGGAGCAAAGAGGACGAGUGCCUCAUUUUGGCCAGUGAUGGUUUGUGGGAUGUCGUGAACAACCGGGAGGCCUGUGACAUUGCCCGCCGCUGCCUCAAGUCCCGGCGGCGCAGUAGCCAAGGGGCAUCGACUUCCAAAGCAGAGGCGGGGGCAGCCGCAACCUCCGCGUCAGUCGCAGCUUCAGGGGACAGCACACCCAGUGGGGGCAGUCAACGGCCGCGGCGGUCGUCCGGGCCAUCCUCCACUAGCCUCGGGGCUGCCCCCACCAUUCGCGCAGGGCCGGACCCCUCAGAUGAGCAGGGGCCAGCCGCCGUCGCCGCUGCGGUUCUUACUAAGGUAGCUUUGGCCCGAGGGUCGGGAGACAACAUAAGCGUAGUUGUAAUAGACCUCCAAGCUGGGAUUCGAGAUACGUAGAGUUUGUGGCCAGGCGCAUUGCUUGGCAUAGCACCAAGCAUCGGAAACUGUAAUUUUCAGAUGCACCUAGGAGAGACUAUGACUGAGAAGGUCUUGGUGAGGUGCUAUCAGUGAGGUAAACCGAAAACUUUGAAAUUAAGCCGCGGUGCAAGCAUUGCCAGAAUUCUGGCAAUAAGCCUAGGCCCCCCCGAUCAGUGGGUUUUGGACUUCGACUAUUUAAUUUGACUGGUGUCUACAGCUUUCUGU